AUGUUCAAUCUCAGCCCCCGCUAUGAACCCUCAAACCACGAUUUUGACCCCGGUCGCUUGUGCACUCGUCUGGUGCAGCAGCGCUGCUAUCUGUUAGUAUGGCUGAUCACCAUUGUCAUCUCAGCCGGCAUCGGCGGCCUUGUUGGGAGCCGUCUUGAUCAUCAUAGACCAUGCCCUGGCGUAUAUUCGAAUCCCUCCAUCCCACUGCGAACCAACAAAGAAGUCUUCACCUACAACCGCACCUUUGGGGCUGAUCCCCGCGAUGAUGCCAACACCCAAGCCGCAUGGGAUUCAAUCGUUCCCCUCGGCCAAGGGACGGUCCGAUACCCUGCGCCCGAUACCGACCAGAUCUAUUACACGGUCUCGGUGGUCCACCAGUUACAUUGCCUAAGCCUGAUGUGCGCUGCCGACGCGACGCUGGAGCCCGUGGAUGCCGCGCUCGGCGGCGUCACCGGGUGGGGGGCGGAGCGCGUGUGUCGCGACUACGCGGCGCUGGCGGCCUGGGCGGAGGAGCGGCGGGUGAGUGAUGCGCGGGGCUUUGAUUGA